CUCACUCACACACACACACACACACUUAAUUAGUUCUCUCUCACUUUCUCUCUCUUAUGGAUUCCGUCGCCCUAUUCUGCACGGCCUCCCUUCUUGCUGGCGGCUUAUACUGGUUCGUCUUUGUCCUCGGAUCCGCCGAACGGAAGGGCAAGAACGCCAUAAAUCUCUCCGGAGGCUCAAUCGCCGGCGCCAAGGUCCAAGACAAUUACAAGCAGUACUGGUCCUUCUUCCGCCGCCCAAAGGAGAUCGAAACAGCCGAAAAGGUACCUGAUUUCGUCGAUACUUUCUACAAUCUCGUUACAGAUAUCUACGAAUGGGGAUGGGGUCAAUCUUUCCAUUUCUCCCCUGCCAUUCCGGGCAAAUCUGACCGUGACGCCACUCGCAUCCAUGAAGAGAUGGCUGUAGAUCUGAUCAAUGUCAAACCCGGAGCGCGCAUUCUCGACGCCGGAUGCGGCGUUGGUGGACCGAUGAGGGCGAUCGCCGCUCACUCCGGCGCCAAUGUUGUCGGAAUCACAAUCAACGAGUACCAGGUGGGUCGGGCCCGUGCUCACAACAAGAAGGUGGGUCUGGAUUCCCAAUGCGAGGUUGUAUGCGGUAAUUUCCUUCAGAUGCCGUUCGACGACAACAGCUUCGACGGCGCGUACUCGAUUGAGGCGACCUGCCACGCGCCCAAGCUUGAGGAGGUUUACGGCGAGAUCUACAGGGUAAUGAAGCCAGGAUCGUUGUACGUUUCGUACGAAUGGGUAACGACGGAGUUGUACCGUGCGGGCGAUUCGGAGCAUGAGGAGAUUAUACAGGGGAUCGAGAGAGGUGAUGCCCUGCCGGGACUGAGGAGGUACGAUGAAAUAGCGGAGGCGGCGAAGAAGGUGGGGUUUGAGGUGGUGAAGGAGAAGGAUUUGGCUAAGCCACCGUCGAAGCCGUGGUGGACGAGGCUGAAGAUGGGUCGAUUUGCUUACUGGAGGAAUCACGUCAUGAUUACAGUUCUUGCUUUCCUUGGAAUUGCACCGAAAGGAGUUGUUGAUGUUCAUGAGAUGCUCUUCAUAACCGCGGAUUACUUGGUUAAAGGAGGAGAUACCGGGAUUUUCUCUCCAAUGCAUAUGAUUCUCUUGAAGAAGCCUCUGUUGGCGGCAUCUCAGAACACAAACUAGGUUUUGUUUUCUUCAAAUUUCCUAUUCUAAUGCCACAAAUUGUUUGGUUUGUUAUGGUUAUGGUUAAGAUUCUGGUUUUGGUUUUGGUUUGGGUUCAGAUCUCUUAUUCUUCUUCAUCAUCACUAGUAUCAGUAGUAGUUUGGUUUGAGUUCAGAUCUUUGUCUCUGAUUUCAUUUAGAAUUUUAUGCUAUUCCUGUCCUUAAACAUUUAGUAUUGUGUUCCUCCCUUGAUUUCACUCUAUAAUUUUAUUUCACAUAGGUUAGUUUGAUUCAGCUUA